AUGUAUGGAGCAGCUUUCAUGUUGGUGCUUAUAAUCUCCUUAUUGAGCAUUAUUAGUCAUGUUGCGGCAAUUGAGGAUUUUAAUUCAACCGGUGAUCCAGUUUACGUGCCAAUAUCCAACAAGAAUGGUGAUACGGUAUACAUUACGGAGGAACUGAUGAGAAAACUUGAUGAAGAAUGGGAAACAUGGCAUUGGACACCCUGGUUAAGAACAAGGACCGAGGUACUUGAGAAUGUAGUUAGGGAGGUGGAUUGCAUUGUAAGUGAUUCAGUAGACAGUUUCCCAGAUGAUAUAUUUACGGAUGAUCAACUUCGGAGAGGAGCGUUCCUUUUAUACGUACUAUUUGGAAUUUAUGCCUUUACCCUUUUAACGAUUGUUUGCAACGAUUACUUUAUCCCGUGUGUGGAAUUUAUAUGUGAGGAUUUAAAGAUACCGCAGAAUGUUGCGGCAGCUACGUUUAUGUCUGUGGCGACGUCAUGUCCUGAGUUUUUUGUCAACGUAAUUUCAACUUUCCUGACGGAGUCUGAUAUGGGCGUCGGUACGAUUCUUGGUUCAGCCAUUUUCAACGCACUUGGCGUGGCCGCCAUAGGAGGUCUCGCUGCUAUAACUCCAAUUUCAAUAGACCGUCGUCCAGUAACGAGAGAUGUACUCAUAUAUAUGUUCAACGUAAUAGCCUUGGUAAUAAUCGUGUGGGAUGGUCGAGUUGAGUGGUACGAAGCAUUGGUGCUGGGCAUCUUGUAUAUCACCUACUUCGUCAUUAUGUUUAACAGUGUCAGAAUAUUCGCACUGUAUGAUAGGAUCAUUGAAAAGGUGCAAAAAAAUAAUGUUGAAUAUAUUGUUACGAAUGAUAACAAGCGUAUAGAAGAAGGUAUUGAUAACAAAGCGUUCAAUAACACUGAUAUGACAAUUAACAACAUUCAAAAUACGGAAAAACAACCUGUCGUUGAAAAAGCCGAAGAAUUGGAGAAACCUAUGAAAAGUAUAUGGCGCUUUCCAAAAGAAAAUUCUUUAACUUAUAGAAUUUGGUGGGUGUAUACUUGGCCACUCAAGUUUAUCCUUGGUUUAACUAUUCCUUUGCCUGCGACUUGCAGAAGGUUCUAUCCAUUGUCUUUUAUUAUGUGUAUCAUUUGGAUUGGUGUCAACUCGUACUUUGUUUCAUGGAGUAUGACUGUAAUCGGAUACACAUUCCUUAUUCCGGACUCCGUGAUGGGAAUGACCUUUUUAGCGUUCGGUGGCUGCCUGCCUGAAGCCUGCUCCAUAUUCAUAAUGUCUAGACGAGGGGAAGGAGGAAUAGGAGUUUCGAAUGCAUUAGGUGCAAAUUCGUUAGCCAUAUUGUUUGCUCUUGGACUUCCCUGGCUCAUCAGAACAUUAACUCUCGUGGUGCAAGGUGCAGAUAGUACAGUUGUCUACAUAAAUUCCGCCGGUAUCGGUUACGUGGUGGGCUCUUUACUCGUGGCCGUUGUCAGCUUGUACAUUACACUCUACAUCGGAAAGUUUCAACUGAGGAAAAGACUUGGAUUGGUGCUGAUAGUGCUCUAUGCAAUAUUUAUCACUUUUGCAGUUCUUGUUGAGAUGGGCAUCAUUAUUGAUAAAGGCAUUGAUUUCUGUUGA